ACAUGUGGGACUUGCCAUUCUGUUACAGAUCUAUCUGCAUGGCUAUAUAACUUUCGCAUUCCCUGUAACGGUUUCUUAUAUCUCAGCUCUCGUACAGAGUCUUGCAGAUUGAAAAUGUCGAACGAGAACAACAACAGCAGCAGCAACAACAGCAACAGUGGCACGACAGCGGCCAACAUUGUUUCCUCCUCGAGUAGUAACUCAUCGCCGCGUCGACUUCACAGCAUUAACAUUAUUAAUGAUGUUACUAAUAGUAUUGAUCCGUUUUAUAAUUCUCCUACUACCUGUUCCUCCUACAACCAGUUUCUCCCUUCUGACGACGAGUACUUCUCCACGUUCAAUCCGUGCAUCAAUGAUUUCCUCCUAUCCACGAACACCAAUUCUCUCUCGAACUCUCCUUCCUCUGACGACUUGUCCUUUGAUCAUUUCUCCAACGCCAUUGCGGCUCAAAACCGCCUCAACCAGGCCAAUUUUAUCCUCGAAAACAACCAUCUCCAUGACUACUCCUACACAACGUACCUCUCUACUCUUUACAAAUCAAUCAAACAACUCAACGCUCUUCGCCAAGAAAAUGAAAACCUCCGUCUAGCGAAUGCAGAUUUGGUUAGCCGCAUAAAUCUCCUCUCCCAAGCCCAUGGCCGUGUCUCUUCAUCCAGGCCCUUCCUCAACAACAACUACAAUAGCCAUAAUUCCGUUGGUGAUACUCGAGCAAUUACUAAAUCCAGCGUCAGUCCGACAAGUGUAAUUCAACAGAACAAUCUCGAUAAACGAAACCACCGCAGAUCUGCAGCAGUACAUCCCAAGAACAUAUCAGUUCGAUCAGCCAAUCAUCUCAAGACGAAUGAUCAACGUGGCGAUAUAACAGGAAACAUGAGUAGAGCAAAUCCGAAUAGCAACACGUAUCAACAAGGAAUCACAACUGCUCCAUCUCUAAACCAACAGAGACGGGCGUAUUUGAACGGUGUAAAGCGAGAACUAGAAGGAUUCGAAAUGGACAUUGAGGUGUACAACCAGGGAAUGCAAAAGACUGAGCUGUGUAACAAAUGGGAAGAGAGUGGUGAAUGCCCGUACGGUAACAAUUGCCGAUUUGCGCACGGAAUAGCUGAGCUCCGUCCCGUUAUUAGGCAUCCCCGUUACAAAACAGAGAUAUGCCGCAUGUUCAUCGCUGGAAACAAGUGCCCUUAUGGACAUCGCUGCCACUUCCGUCACCCAUCUACUGCUCACCAGGACAUACUUCAAGCCCACGCUUCAUUCAAUUAAUAUAUAUAUUUCUUGUGAAUAAAAUUUCAUUUCAUAUACUUAUUUUUUUAAUUUGCAUAGAGGGUAAAAUAAUUAUAAAAUAGAAUAAGCACAAGGUGACUAAAAUAUUAUUGGCUUGAGAUUUUUAUAUUAUGUUUUGUAUUUUGUGCAUGACCUGUAAAUUGAUCAUCAUUUAAUGAGAUUUUAUUUGUGAGUGA